GUGGUGACAAGUACAGGAAACGGAGAUAGUAGUGCUCUUUUUAAUUGAACUCAAAUUUGAAAGAAGUUUGAACAUGAGUGGUGCUUUAAUUCAUUGAGCUCAAAUUUGAAAGAAGUUUGAACAUAAGUAGUGCCUUUUCCAUUGAUCCUGUUUUGAUUAGCAUACAUCACGAAGAUUGGGUACAGACAGAGGAAACAGUGUAGAACUAGAAGUUGGUCAAUGUGGACCAAGAUGUUAUGCGUGGAUCAACCAGGCUUUGUGAUCAGAUGAGAUCAGAGACCCAAGCACGUGGUCCAGAUCAAACUAUAUGUUAUCCUGGUGAAGCCAGAAAGAAGCACAUGGUAGGUUGCCUUGGGUUGAAGCCAGAGAGCGGCCUGUGUCUCUCACAUUGUCGCAUGUAUGUAGCAUGACCACUUUCGUUUUGUUUUCCUUCCCAGCAAGCAAUCAGCAGUGUCAUCUUGUACUCAACAAGGCAAUCAAGCAGCUCCUUUUUCUACCUUUCCCCCAUCUUUAUAAACCAGCCCUCUGCUGCUAUGCACUAGUCAGUCCCCCCAGCAAGCACCCAUCUGUCUUGGCCUCCACAGGCCCCAGCUCCAGCUCUGCUGCAGGGGAAAGAAGAUGGCCAGAGGAGGAGGGGCUCAGCCAUCUGCCUCGCUGCUGCUCCUCUCCUUGGGGCUUGUGCUGCUUUACUUCACCUCAGGAAGCACCAUUGGACUGGCGGAUGGACAGAAAACUUGGUGCGUGGCGAAGCCCUCGGCAUCGAAUGAGAUUCUUGCGCUGAACCUCAACUACGCCUGCUCCCAGGUGAGCUGCGCAGUGAUACAGAAAGGCGGGCCGUGCUACUACCCUGAUAACCUGGUGUCGCGAGCCGCCGUGGCCAUGAACCUCUACUACACUGCCAAUGGCAGGCACGCCUGGAACUGCUACUUCAACAACUCGGCUCUCGUCGUGCAGUCCGAUCCAAGUUAUGGUUCUUGCACGUACUACUGAUCGAUGUUAACCACCGAGGUCAAGGCGGCCGUGACUGCUGAUGCAGCUGAGAGAGCUGGGCUGUAGCAGUAGCAUGUCCUUUUUGCUGCGACUGCGAUGUGAGCAGGGUCAUCGGUUCAGGAUGGUGUUUAGCAAACAGCAGCAGAUAUAUUGUUGUCAUGUGUCCUAACUGUUGCACUUGUUAUUUUCUUUUCUGAUGUUCACUCCUCCAUAACAAACCGUUGUUUGGAGAUCUCCGACUUUUGUGUUUCCACAGAA